UUCUAAUAUUCAACCAUCCACCCACAAAACAAAUCCAAAUAAAAAGGAGAGGUAAAAGAAAUCUCAAGGUCAAAUUCAGUUCAAUUGGGGAAGAAAAAUAAACCCUUCUUGCUAACAAUUUCUAGAGUUUUUCUCCUUUCUUUAAAAACCUCAUCAGCCCAUCAUCUCCAAGAUCUCAAAUUUACAAAGAUUUUCUGCCAAAAAACGCCAAAAACCCUGCCUUCUUCAUCUGAUCCAUGAACAUACUCUGUCAAAAAAUCAAAAUCUUAUGGGUUUUACAGCUAAGGAUGUUCUUGAAAAGGGACAAAUAAAUAAGAGGUAUAGGGUAUGUACUUGAAGAACACAUCUCCAUAUUCUCUGAACUCCAUUAAAGACAGUUGUUUUCUUGUCCUUUGAGUCACACUAGAUUCGUUUUUAGGCAAUUUUAGCCCAUACCCAUUUUGCCCCCUUUUGCAUUUCUUGACAUUAAUGGUGUCUAGUCCUUUUAUCUCUUGUGGGUCUUUUAUAAAUUCAAGAAUCUUGGUCGUUGGGUUAGAACAUAAGCAGAAACUGGAGCUGAGAUUGACUUUACGUUUGAGUCUUGAUCAUAAUUCGACAAACAUAUUGUUUGCUGGUUGUUUUGGAUGAUAGAAAUUUCGAUCAUGUAUUUGGAUUAAUCUGAUUGGUGAAAACAUAUAAGUAAUAUUUAUGCUAAAGUUUCAUGUGGGGUAAUAGUUAUAGCUAUUUAGAUAUGAUGAAACCUUUUUGGAGACCAUGUGUUGGGGGUGCACAAAGUGGAAGAACAGAUGGGUUGUUGUGGUAUAAAGAUUUGGGGUCUCAUGUUAAUGGAGAGUUUUCAAUGGCUGUGGUUCAAGCUAACAGUUUGAUGGAGGAUCAAAGCCAGAUCGAAUCAGGACCGUUGGAUUCAAUGAAUUUAGGGCUUUACGGGACGUUUAUUGGGGUCUAUGAUGGACAUGGUGGGCCAGAAGCAUCACGGUUUGUCAACGAAAAUAUGUUCUCCAAUCUCAAGAGGUUUGUAUCCGAAGAUGAAGAAAUGUCGGAGGAUGCAAUUAGAAAGGCAUUCUUGUCAACCGAGCACCAAUUUAUAUCUCUUGUUAGAGAUCAAUGGCGCACGUGCCCACAAUUUGCGUGUGUGGGCACGUGUUGUUUGGUUGGAGUUAUUGUUGAUGGGGUCAUUUACACUGCGAAUGCGGGGGAUUCGCGUGUGGUUUUGGGGAGAGUAGAUAAGGAUAGUGGUGGUGUCUCGGCUAUUCAGUUAUCUCAAGAACAUAAUGUCAACCAUGAGUGUGUAAGAGAUGAGCUUCGUUCUUUACACCCCGAUGAUCCAAAGAUUGUGGUUAUGAAACAUAACGUUUGGCGUGUUAAAGGACUUAUACAGGUGUCGAGAUCAAUAGGCGAUGCGUAUCUGAAGAAUCCGGAGUUCAAUCGAGCACCACUUUUGCCAAAGUUUAGGAUUCCACAAUCGUUUUCAAAGCAAAUUCUUAGUCCUGAGCCAACAAUCUCCAUACAAAAAGUUGAUCCAAAUGACGAAUUUCUCAUAUUCGCAUCCGAUGGCCUAUGGGAGCAGCUCAGCAAUGAAGAAGCCGUCGAUAUUGUCCACACUUACCCACGUAACGGGAUCGCAAGGAGGUUAGUGAAGGCAGCGCUUCAGGCAGCAGCGAAGAAAAGAGAAGUGAGAUACUUGGACCUGAAGAAGAUCGAAAGAGGGGUGAGGAGACAUUUUCACGAUGAUAUUACAGUUGUGGUCGUUUUUCUCGAUUCCGCGAACCCUAAUUCGAGUGUCUCGAUGAAAGGGGGCGUAGGAUUACCGACGACUAAAAAAUUCUGAGGUAGACAUGGAAUGUUGGGCUUGGACCUGACCCGGCCCAAAGGUGAUUGUUACAUGAGAAUUGAGCUUAUUUGAUUUCAAUUCCAUUUCUAAACAACUUUAUAGGAAGUCUUGGUAUGCAUUUGAGUUCGACCUAUUUAUGUAAUAAUAUAUUAAUUUGAUAUGUUCUAUUGUCACAUUUCAAAUACAUAAAAGGAAAGGUUUAGUUGUAAAGAAAAUGGAGCAAAUGUCUUUGUACUCUCAAUCUACUAAUGUGUUAAUAAUAAGAAAUGGAUAUUUGGUUCAA